GCCACCGCCGAAGGAGGGGCAAAGCUCAAGAUGGCGGACAAAACGCCAGGCGGGUCUCAGAAGGCCAGUUCAAAGACCAGAUCAUCAGAUGUUCAUUCAUCUGGAUCUUCAGAUGCACAUAUGGAUGCAUCUGGACCCUCAGAUAGUGAUAUGCCAAGUCGGACACGACCGAAGAGCCCAAGAAAACACAAUUAUAGGAAUGAAAGUGCCCGUGAAAGCCUUUGUGAUUCUCCUCACCAGAAUGUCUCAAGACCUCUUCUAGAAAAUAAACUUAAAGCAUUCAGUAUUGGAAAAAUGAGUACAGCUAAGCGAACUUUAAGUAAGAAGGAGCAAGAAGAAUUGAAGAAAAAGGAAGAUGAAAAGGCUGCUGCUGAGAUUUAUGAGGAAUUUCUUGCUGCUUUUGAAGGAAGUGAUGGUAAUAAAGUGAAGACAUUUGUGCGUGGAGGUGUUGUUAAUGCAGCUAAAGAAGAACAUGAAACAGAUGAAAAAAGAGGCAAAAUCUAUAAGCCAUCUUCAAGAUUUGCAGAUCAAAAAAACCCUCCAAGUCAGUCAUCCAAUGAAAGACCACCAUCUCUUCUUGUGAUAGAAACCAAAAAACCUCCACUGAAGAAAGGGGAGAAAGAAAAGAAAAAAAGCAAUUUGGAACUCUUCAAAGAAGAAUUGAAACAAAUUCAAGAAGAGCGCGAUGAGAGACAUAAAACAAAAGGCAGGUUAAGUCGAUUUGAGCCGCCUCAGUCAGAUUCUGAUGGUCAGCGGCGUUCCAUGGAUGCGCCUUCAAGAAGAAAUAGAUCAUCUGGUGUUCUUGAUGACUAUGCGCCUGGGUCACAUGAUGUGGGAGAUCCAAGCACUACUAAUUUAUACCUUGGAAACAUUAAUCCACAGAUGAAUGAAGAAAUGCUGUGCCAAGAAUUUGGAAGAUUUGGACCAUUAGCCAGUGUGAAAAUUAUGUGGCCUCGGACUGAUGAAGAAAGAGCGAGAGAGAGAAAUUGUGGUUUUGUGGCCUUUAUGAAUAGAAGAGAUGCCGAAAGAGCUUUAAAAAAUUUAAAUGGAAAGAUGAUUAUGUCUUUUGAAAUGAAGUUAGGUUGGGGUAAAGCUGUGCCUAUUCCUCCACACCCAAUAUACAUUCCGCCUUCUAUGAUGGAACAUACGCUUCCCCCACCUCCAUCAGGACUGCCUUUUAAUGCGCAGCCUAGAGAGCGGUUAAAAAAUCCCAAUGCUCCCAUGUUACCGCCACCUAAAAACAAGGAGGAUUUUGAGAAGACUCUGUCGCAAGCCAUAGUCAAAGUGGUUAUCCCAACAGAAAGGAAUUUGCUCGCCCUGAUACAUCGAAUGAUAGAGUUUGUUGUACGUGAAGGGCCAAUGUUUGAAGCUAUGAUUAUGAACAGAGAAAUCAACAAUCCCAUGUUCAGAUUCUUGUUUGAAAACCAGACACCAGCCCAUGUUUACUAUAGGUGGAAGCUUUACUCUAUUCUGCAGGGAGAUUCUCCAACUAAGUGGCGGACAGAAGACUUUCGUAUGUUCAAAAAUGGAUCUUUUUGGAGGCCACCACCAUUAAAUCCAUACCUGCAUGGGAUGUCAGAAGAGCAAGAAACAGAAGCUUUUGUAGAGGAGCCUAGUAAAAAGGGAGCACUUAAGGAAGAACAGAGGGACAAAUUAGAAGAAAUCCUGCGGGGGUUAACUCCAAGGAAGAAUGAUAUUGGAGAUGCGAUGGUUUUUUGUCUAAAUAAUGCUGAAGCUGCUGAAGAAAUAGUGGAUUGUAUUACUGAGUCAUUGUCUAUCUUAAAGACACCCCUUCCCAAAAAGAUUGCUAGAUUAUAUUUGGUUUCUGAUGUUUUGUACAACUCUUCAGCAAAAGUUGCCAAUGCUUCAUAUUAUAGAAAAUUUUUUGAAACAAAGUUAUGUCAGAUAUUUUCAGACCUCAAUGCUACCUAUCGUACAAUUCAAGGCCAUUUACAAUCUGAAAACUUUAAGCAACGGGUAAUGACAUGCUUUAGAGCAUGGGAAGACUGGGCAAUUUAUCCAGAACCAUUUUUGAUCAAACUACAAAAUAUUUUCUUAGGACUUGUAAAUAUUAUUGAAGAAAAGGAAACAGAGGAUGUGCCAGAUGACCUUGAUGGUGCCCCUAUAGAGGAAGAGCUUGAUGGUGCACCUUUAGAAGAUGUAGAUGGAAUUCCUAUUGAUGCUGCUCCCAUUGAUGAUCUUGAUGGAGUCCCUAUAAAGAAUUUUGAUGAUGAUCUUGAUGGAGUACCUUUGGAUGCGACUGAAGACUCAAAGAAGAAUGAGCCUAUAUUUAAAGUUGCCCCUUCAAAAUGGGAAGCUGUAGAUGAAUCUGAAUUGGAAGCGCAGGCUGUAACAACUUCUAAAUGGGAGUUAUUUGACCAGCAUGAAGAAUCAGAAGAAGAAGAAAAUCAAAAUCAAGAAGAAGAGAGUGAAGAUGAAGAAGAUACUCAAAGUAGCAAAUCUGAAGAACAUCAUUUGUACUCUAAUCCAAUCAAAGAAGAAAUGACUGAGUCCAAGUUCUCUAAGUACUCUGAAAUGAGUGAGGAAAAGCGAGCUAAACUUCGUGAAAUCGAGCUCAAAGUUAUGAAGUUUCAGGAUGAAUUGGAAUCUGGAAAAAGACCCAAGAAGCCAGGCCAGAGCUUUCAGGAGCAAGUAGAACACUACAGAGAUAAACUACUUCAACGAGAGAAAGAGAAGGAAUUAGAAAGAGAACGAGAAAGAGAUAAGAAGGAUAAAGAAAAAUUGGAAUCUCGCUCCAAAGACAAGAAGGAAAAAGAUGAAUGUACUCCAACAAGGAAAGAAAGGAAAAGGCGACACAGUACGUCCCCUAGCCCAUCCCGCAGUAGCAGUGGUAGACGAGUGAAGUCCCCGUCACCAAAGUCGGAGCGGUCCGAGCGUUCAGAAAGAUCUCAUAAGGAGAGCUCACGGUCCAGGUCAUCUCACAAAGACUCUCCUAGAGAUGUUAGCAAAAAGGCCAAAAGAUCACCAUCUGGUUCAAGGACACCUAAAAGGUCUAGGCGAUCACGGUCUAGAUCCCCUAAAAAAUCAGGGAAGAAAUCCAGAUCCCAGUCCCGAUCUCCACACAGGUCUCAUAAAAAGUCAAAGAAAAACAAACACUGACAUAAAACUUUAAGAUGCUGUCACUUAUUGGAAAUGCGAUUUUGUUUUGUGCCUGAACGGUCUGGUUUUUUUUUUUUGUUUUUGUUUUUGUUUUUUUUUGUUUUUUUUAAAUGAAAGAGCAUUCCUGGGGUUUUUGUUCAUUUGUCUGUGAACGCAUGUGUACACUCAUGAGUAACUGCAUCUGUAGACCUGUCAUUGUUUUAUAUUGUGUAAAUUACUUUCGUUGUGGCUGUUUUCAAGAUGAAAUUUUUAUUGUGAUGAAUUUCAUCAGAAAUGUGUACAAUGGAUCUGCUGGCAGUAGUAGUAUUUUGUUUUAGGAUGCUGUGACUUAGCAAAACUAAUACAGAUGUCUUCCCCCAUUUUGUAGCUUUGACAAUUUGGAUUAGAUUUCAAAUAAAAUCUGAAGAGAAAACCAUAAUGUUGUUUUUUUGCCCUGUUGGUGACAUCAAGUCCCUUAAAGUCUUACUGAGUUUAGCGCUUGUGUUGUGUUUCUGUACCUAAUGCACUUUACAAGCACCAUUGUUCAAGAAGCUCAAGUUUUAUUUUUACUAAAAUGACUAUAAAAAUUAGGGGACCUGAGACUUUUAUUUGGUAGGUUCUCCAACCAAUUUCUUUGCUAAGGUUCUCUUGAGUCAUACUAUAGUACCCAGAGAUCAAAAGAUGAGGUGAAUGUGGCAUGGCCUUUUGUUAAUGAAAUGGCUACCUAAAAUAUUUUUUCUUUUUUCAAAGAAGCAGUAUAAUUUCAGUACACUCAACCUGUGUCCUGAGCAAGUACUUAUUAUUCAGGGAAGAUUAAGUCUCCAUCUUUUGAUUUUUCAUUGAUCAUGAAAGAAGUUUAUUUAUAAGAGAAGUUUUCUAACAAGGCUUAGCUACAGAAGUUGUUGUUUGAUAGUUGUCUCCAGUAGCCCUCUGUAGGCUGUCUUCAAACCCUGCUGCUUGUGUAUGCUACAAGGUUCUGUUUAAAGAACCUUUGGGGGGGGGUUUGUUUAGUUUGGUUUUUUUUUUUUUUUAGAUUUAAUUUUAGCUUUAAUUACAAUUUAAAAAUGAAACAGUUAGGAAACUUACUAUCCAGUGGUUUGUAAAUUCAAGGUGCAGAAGCUGAUUUAAACAUUUGCAGAGUUAAAAUCUGUUGCGCAAUUGGAAAAAAUGGUUGCAGUCUGCGGAAGAAAUAAGAAUCAUUGUAUGAUGUCAGUCACAAUAUUGCUAUAAAUGUAAUGGAUUAAAGGGCUGUGUAGACUUGAAC